CGGGUGCAGACAGAGAAAGGGUAAGACAUUAGUUUCACACGAAAUCAAUUACUCACACGAGCUAUGAUGUUAGCAAAACUACGAUCAGCAAACACCAGAAGAAAUUGAAGGAGUAGGGGGACAAGAACACAGAAGGCUAUUAGAAUAUAUAAAAAAUGCAUGUGGUCCUAGAACUUAAUACAUACAUUAUUGAUGAAAAAAACUUUCUAAAUGCGGGUUCGGCUCUAAUGAUGUGACGUUUGGAGAAACUUUCACGUCUUAAACUAUAAUGACGAACGUAGAUAAUAGAUUUUUAGCAGAAUUUGAGUGGCAUGAUGCAUCGGCCAAGGAAGUACAGCUUCAAGGUAGCUUCACCGGCUGGAAUGACCCACUCAUAGAAUUGACGAAAGAAGCUGAUGGAAUAUACAAGACCACUGUACCAGUCACCUAUUCAGCUAAACACCUCUAUAGAUUCAAAGUAAACGGCGAAUGGAAGAUUGAUGAGACGAAGACUGCUGCCACAGGUGGACCACUCAACGUACCAAUAAACUACUUUUUCGCACCAAACCAGCCACCUUCAGCUAACAAGACUGACAAGAAGAAGAACAAAAAGAAGAACAAGAAGAAAAACAAGGGUGAUGCACACGACAGUGAAGAAGAGCAUACAGCUGGUGAAUCAGAAGACAACAAAGGUCAUGCUGGAGAAAAAGCUAUAGCAGCAGGUGCAGCAGGUGUCGCAGGAGCGGGUGUAUUAGGCGCAGCUGGUGCAACCGCUGCUGGAUUAGCUAAAGACGCACCACAAAAUUAUGCAGCAGCUGUCAAGAAGGACGAAGAUAACAUCGGGGACGCUAUUGUCCGAGAGGUACAAACACCUGUUAAAGAGGAGGAGGAAGAAUAUGACGAAUCAGCCCAAGAAGACGAAGCAGAGGGAACUAAGCAGGCCGAUCAAACUACAGAAGCUCAGACCUCUUCACAAGCUGGACCUAACGAAGAGAAAGUUGGUGAAAAGAGCACAAAGGAGGAUAAACAAGAAGAGAAACCAACUGAUAAGUCUAGUGGGGAGGACUCGAACGAGAAAAAUCAAAAUAAGGAGGCCAGUGCAUUCGAAGGAAUUUUGGCCGGUUCUGGCGCAGGAGCGUUGAAAGGAAACCACCAAGAAGAAAAAGACAUGUCAGCCGUUGAACAAAGCAAGCAAGCUGUUGAAGAGAAGAAGCCAGAAGUCGCACCAGAGGGUGUCACAGAGGCUGCUACCAGCAAAUCUGCUGAAGCCACUGAGGAAGCUAAGAAAACUGAAGACAAUGCUGAAGAGAAUGUCUUGGAGAAGACCAACGUAGACUCUUCUAAGGAGGGUGUUGCUGCUGAAGUACCAACAAACGCAGAAACCACUGGCAAGGAUGUCGAGAACAAGGUUGAAGAAGCCAAGGAGGAGGCUAAGGGUACCGCCGACAAGACCACCAACGAAGCAUCAAAGAUCAAGGAAGACGUUGAACAAAAGCCAGCCGAAGCUAAGGAAGAAGCUAAGGAUGCUGCUAAGGAUAUCAAGGAAGAAACAAAGGAGGGUGCACCAAAGAAAGCUUCGCUUUCAAAGAGAAUAUCAAAGAGAAUCUCCGGUAUCUUCCACCUUUCAAAGAAGAACUAGAAAGUAAAUUACGCUCAGACAUUCUCACACUCAUGGGAUUUACUAAUAUCUUUCUUAUUUAUCGUGCUUUAAUAAUUCUUUGUAGCUACUAAUUUACACUGCC